UUUUCAUCAAAAUAUUGGGAUUUAACAAGUAGGUUAUUUACACCUCCUUGAAAUUCAAAUUAUAUAAUCGCAUACCCUUUAACUUGAAAGAAGAAGCUGGAAAUGGCUUCAUUAGAGAAGAUGGCCAGCGUCAAAUCCAUCGCUGAAACACCCAACUUAGCCUCCAUUCCUUCUAGUUACAUCUUCUCCGGCAGCCCCGACGACAAAACUGCUCCAAUAGCCAUGGACAACGAUUCAAUCCCCACCAUUGAUUUUGUUCUACUGACCAGCGGUACCCCCGAUCAACGCUCCAAAGUUGUUGACGAGCUCGGGAAGGCGUGUCGGGACUGGGGCUUCUUUAUGGUGAUCAAUCAUGGGGUAGCAGAGAAAUUGAGGGAGGAGAUGAUGGAAUGUUGUGAAGAGUUUUAUGAUCUAACGGAGGAGGAGAAGAGAGUGUACGAAACUGAGCAUGUGCUCGACCCUAUCAGAUACGGCACCAGCUUCAAUCCUCACGUGGAGAAGGUUUUUCUAUGGAGAGAUUAUCUCAAAAUCAUGGUUCAUCCAAACUUUCAUUUUCCAUCUAAACCCCUAAAAUUCAGAGAAAUAUCGAAGGAAUACUGCGAAAGAGUUCGAGAAAUGGGAAGGGAGUUGAUGAGAGGGAUUUCAGAGAGCUUGGGAUUGGAAAGGUUGGAUUUGGAGAGAAUAGUGAAUUGGGAAGAAUGCUCACAAAUUCUUAUAGCAAAUUUAUAUCCUCCAUGUCCACAGCCAGAGCUUGCAAUGGGUUUGUCCCCUCACUCUGAUCAUUGCCUUCUCACUGUUCUUCUCCAAAACCAAAUUGAUGGCCUUCAAAUCUUGCAUGAUCAUAAGUGGGUGAAUGUCAAUCCCAUUCCCAACUCAUUCUUGGUUAACACUGCUGAUCAACUUGAGAUCCUGAGCAAUGGAGAGUACAAGAGUGUUUUACACAGAGCAGUAGUGAACGAGAAAAGCAAAAGGAUGUCUCUUGCAGUGGCAAUUGGACCAUCAGCUCAAACAUUGGUUGCUCCUGCACCACAGUUAUUGCUUACUCAUCCUCCAUUGUUUAAGCACAUCAAGUACAAAGAUUAUUUGGAAACCAUGCAGAGUGGCAAACUCCAUAACAAAUCAACCUUGGAUUGUGUUCGUCUACUUUGAAUCACUAUUUAAAUUUUAUUUCAUUACUAUGAAUAAUACAACUCGUGUUUCCAUUUUAUUAAAGCUUAUGCAAUAUUCGACUAGCCCUGUCAACAACCAUAUAACGUCCCAAAGAUUUUAUCUUUCUUCCUCUA